AUGAUACAAGAAUGCCCUGACUUCAAGACACUCAAUCCGUCUGAUAUACUUGAGAGGCUCAACACACAUGAGUUCCAACUUUCUGAGAAAAGAGAUAUCUAUGGUCCCAAUUAUGGCCGAACUCGCGCCUUGAAGGCAAAAGUUGUUUCCUCAUUUGAAGAAGAAUCUGACUGCGGUUCUGAUGAUCAUGAAGACAUUGGAAAGGAACUAGCCAUGCUUGUGAAGAAGUUCCAGAAGUUCACCAAGAAGAAAGGCUUCAGAAAAUCUUCAUGGUCUAGCUCAAGGAAUGAUGAAGCUUCCACUCAUGACAACAAGAAGAGAACAUGUCACAAGUGCAAUAAACCUGGACACUAUAUCUCUGAGUGUCCACAGUGGGACAAUGAGAAGAAGAAGAAGAAGAGCAAGGAAUAUGAUUCUGAUGACAAGAAGAAGAAGAAAUCUUCAAAGUCUUCUUCUAAGUCCUCAUCAAGGUCUUCAUCACAUAAGAAGAGCUCAUCUGGCAAGGCUCGUGCUUUUGUUGGCAAGGAAAUGGAUUCAGAGGAGGAGUCUGCUUCUGAGGAGGUGGAGGUGGAGUCUGAAGAAGAGUCCGACCCUGGCGUUGCAAGUCUGGCUCUAGCCACAACCUAUGUUGCCAAGUCCAUCUUCAACACUGAAGACCAUGACUUCCACACCAACGGUAAAGCUGAUGACAUGGACGAUCCUGCUCCCACCUACUGCUUCAUGGCACGUGGUGCCAAGGUAAAAUCGCGUGAUGCUUACUUUCAAACAUCAAGUGAAGAUGACUCUGAUUGUGAAUCCAAACCCAGCUACAAAACACUUGCUAAAAUUGCU